UAGAAAAUGAAGAGAGGCAGCGAGCAAAAGUCACAGGCAGUGUAGAAGGUCCUUGAAUCAUUGGCUGGUCAACAGGUGGCAAAAGGGAGAGGCUCGGUACCAAUUCAGUCCUUCGGAGAAAAGAGAGGAAGAAAGACAGUGAAGGAGGAGGAAGUUAAAGAAAGCGCUGAAGGGUCUUUUUUUUCUAAUAUCAGCAAUGACCACGAGACCCCUGUGGAGGGCCCUGUGCCCACUGGUCCUACUCUGCAGUGUGUCACCGUUCAGCUCCGCCUCCAACCACCCGGACCCAUCGGCCCCAGAGAAGGGAGGCACCUUCAGCAAUGUCUAUAAAAUCGACAUCCCAGGCAGCUCUGGUUGUAAACUUGAGCCAAGCCAGGAAGAAACAGGUCAAAUUCAGACAGAUACCACGAUGAGUGGAGAGAACAGCAUCACCUUCCGACACAACAUCAGGCUGCAGACCCCAAAGUGUGACUGUGAGGAGUCUGAGAGCUUCAAGUCGCUGUUGUACAGAGUCAACGGGCUGGAGGAGGAAGUCAACUACCUAAAGACCCAGUGCACUCAGGGAUGUUGUGGAAGCACUGGGGCUGCAGGCGUGGACACAAGCUGCAGUGGCCAUGGCACCUACCAACCCGACGCCUGCAGCUGCCUCUGUAACCCGGGGUGGGAAGGCCCGGAUUGUUCUGUCUCGUCCUGCCCUGAUGAGUGCAACGACAACGGCCGAUGUGUCAAUGGGAAGUGCGUUUGCCAGCAGGGCUUCGCGGGAGAGGACUGCAGCCAGCUCACGUGCCCAGACAACUGCAAUGACAAGGGACACUGCGUGGACGGCAGAUGCGUGUGUUUCCCGCACUUCUCCGGCGAGGCUUGCAGCGUCCAAAGGUGUCCCAACGACUGCGCUGGUAACGGCCGGUGUGUGGACGGACAGUGCAUCUGCGAAGAGGGCUUGUACGGCGUUGACUGUUCAUUGGUCCACAGUCCUCAGGGUCUGCGCUUGGUGCAGGUGACCGAUGUCUCUCUCCUGGUUAACUGGGAAACAGUUCCCGGGGCAGAGUAUUACGUUCUGAGACACCAUCCCAAAAAUGAUGACAGUACCCAGCAGUCUGUUCGGGUGUCCAACACAGAGAACUCCCACCUCAUCACAGGAUUGACUCCAGGAGCCACCUAUAUUGUCCAAGUGUAUGCUGUCAUCAAAGAAAUCCAAAGUGAAGCAGACAAGAUUGAAGCAACCACAGAAGUUUCCGCCAUUAAUGGCAUCAGAGUUCUUGGCCAGACAGAAGUCUCUAUCCACUUGGACUGGAAGAACCCGUCAGCUGAAGUGGAUCAUUUCAGGCUCACGCACACCGAUCCCUCCGGACAGGAGGAGGAGCAGAACGUGCUGAGGAACCAAGAGGCGCGCACCAAACACACUAUUGUUGGUCUUUUUCCAGGAACAGAGUACCAGAUAACAGUGCAGGCCAUGAAAGGGACCAAUGAGGGAAAACCGUCUUCUGUCACUGCCGCCACAGACAUUGACGCUCCCACCAACCUGAUCACCAAGAAAGUGACAGAGGACACCGCAACGGUUUCAUGGGAUCGUGUCCAGGCAGAAAUCGAUGGCUACAUGUUGAGCUACACCACCCCUGAGGGCUCCAGCGCCGAGAUCCCCGUGGGACGGGACAGCACCUCGUACAGGCUGGUUGGCUUGAAGCCUGGAGUUCUCCACUUUGUAAACGUCUGGGCCUUCAAAGGCAACAGCGUCAGCAGAAAGAGUUCAACCACAGCUCACACAGAGAUGGACGCUCCUAAGAUCAUGGCCCAUGAAGAAACAGAUUCCAGCUUCAGGGUGUCCUGGGAUCACAUCCUGGCAGAAAUCGAUAGCUACGUCUUAGCCUACAGCUCUUCUGAGGGCUCAAGUGAGGAAAUCAAAGUUGGGUCUGACACUACUUCCUACAUGCUGAGUGGCCUGAGGCCUGGUGUCCUCUACACUGUCUACAUUUGGGCCAUCAAGGGGAGCAGAGCCAGCAGGAAGAGCUCAACCCAAGCGGAGACAGAUCUGGAUGCUCCCACAAACCUCUCGGCCCGAGAUGAAACAGAGUCCAGCUUCAGUGUGUCAUGGGAUCCAGCCCAUGCUGAGAUAGAUGGCUACAUCCUGACCUACAGCUCCUCAGAGGGGAAUAGUGGGGAGAUACCAGUGGGGCCUGAAAAAACCUCUCACACUCUGACCAGUUUGAGGCCUGGGGCUUUCUACACUGUCCACAUCUGGGCCGUCAAAGGAAACAAAGCCAGCAAGAAGAUCUCAACACAGGCGCAGACAGGUAUUGAUGCUCCAAAGGACUUGAAGGCAACAGAUGUGACGCUUGAGUCUGCUUUUUUGACAUGGGUUCCUCCUCUUGCGGACAUCGAGGGCUACGUUCUUACCUACAGAGAUGAGGAUGGCAACAUGGAGACGGUUAAAAAGCAGCUUGGUGCUCACGAGAGCAGUUACGCUGUAUCGGGUCUGGAGUUAUUAAAGAGAUACGUUGCUAGCAUCGUUGCCUACAAGGGAAACAAGAGGAGCAAGGUGGUGGAGACCACCUUCAGAACAGUUGGCAUCAUGUACCCUUUCCCCAUGGACUGCACUCAGAUCAUGAAGAAUGGCAAAAAGAAGAGUGGUAUUUACACCGUCUACAUUAACAAUGACGACUCCAAACCUAUUGAAGCGUAUUGUGACAUGGAGACUGAUGGAGGCGGCUGGCUGGUGCUCCAACGGCGCAAUUCUGGCAAACUGGACUUUAUGAAGCGCUGGAGACAGUACAUAGCAGGGUUUGGCAACAUGACAGAUGAGUUCUGGAUCGGUCUGGAUAAGAUAUAUAAGCUCACCAACACUCCUACUCAGUACGAGCUGAGGUUUGACCUGGGCCUGGGUGCUGAGAGAGCCUAUGCUGUGUACGACAACUUUAAGAUUGCCCCGGUCAAGCAGAAUUUCAAAAUCACCAUCGGCACGUACAGUGGAACAGCAGGUGACGCGAUGACCUACCACCAAGACCAGGCCUGGACUACUGUUGAUAAAGAUAACGACAUCACAAUGAGUAACUGUGCCCUGAACCACCACGGCGCCUGGUGGUACAAGAACUGUCAUCUCACCAACAUCAACGGGAAGUGGGGGGACACCAGGCACAGUGUGGGAGUGAAUUGGAAACCGUGGAAGGGCCACCUUGUGUCCCUCGACUUCACCGAGAUGAAGAUCCGACCUGUGGGAGCCUCGUCCAGCAGGAGGAGCCGAUCGUUGGCGGCCAGAAAGAAGAGCAGGACCACAAAUCUCCAAAAGAAAUGAGAGAGCACCUCCCACUUCAGCCACACCGGUCGUCACCCCUCCCGUUAACCUGCCAUCCCACCAGUCGACCUGCCUUCGUGUUCCUCAAAUCCUGGACAAUAUGUACACUUUAUUAUCGGUUUCCUUGUGGUUGUGGGGAUGCGGCAAAUAGAAAAAUGCUGUUAUUUUGAAGUGAGGUUUAGUCUCAUACAGUAUAUUGCAUUAUAAUGCAGUACUUAUUCUUAAAUACUUCUGUUUCACUGAUUCCAAUAGUAACAUUCAUUAUGAAUCAGUAGAUUCAGUUAGAUGUGUGUGCAUGAAAUGAAAGUUUUCCUCCCUUACUCCAUUUUCAUUUAACUUUCUUUUCAAACCUCGGGGCAGAGCCUAGGUUGUUUUAUAUUGUGUGUUAUAUGUGUUCCUUUAUUUUCAGGUCAAGUCUGAAGAAUCAGUUUGCUACAGCCCUGAGUUUAUUGACUAUGAAGCUGGCUGGCUGUGUCACAUUCAGUUGUCGCUAACACAUCACAUUAGUUUGUGUGGGACGAGCCAGAGAAUAAUAAUGGAUGUCUGUCUGAAUGACCAUAUUGCUCCUGCUUUACAUUCAUAAGGUAUUGACAACGGAAAUCAAUCAAUGUGAUGUGGCCACGUCAAGCGCCAACAAGGAUCAAGUGUGUUUGCACCAUCCUCAGGGGCUUAAUGAACAAACCCUCUUUUUCAAUUUGGAAAGAUGACAAAUGUUAUUAAUAGUGCGUUGACUUUGGCUUCAUGACGUCAUAACAAUUUUAUACAUUUAUUAAAAAGUGUUGUUUUAUGAGACAAGGAUGGAGCACAUCAUUCAACAUUUCCGUUGAACUGCCAGAACCUCCGCCCCGCUUUCAUUUUGCAUUCACCAAAACGUCUUCAUAAACCUUCAUGGCUCAUAGGUUUUUAUUCCAACAAAUCCUUGAUCAGGUUUUUCAAAGUCAGGAAACUAAGGAAUAUAAAAUAUAUAUAUAUAAUAUAUAUACAUGAAUGUAUUUGGUUUAACUAAUUACAUAGUUACAUUAUAGCUCCCCAUUUAUAUUUGUACCACACAUUCACGCAAAGAGUAAAUAAAUAAAGGUUUUGUUACAUUAUAAUAUAUUGGCUACAUAUAUAUUCUAUAUUGGCUCCCAUUGGAGGAGGCUUAUAUUUUCAUAAAUGUAACAUUUUUGGAUUAAGUCUCCUAAUACAUUUCACUAUAUUGUAAUUUUUUAUAGCCCUAAGGGAUACAGAUUGAGCAAAUAGAAGUAAGAAUAAUUUCUUGAAUUUAGAAGUUGAACUGCUACCAUGUGACGGGGUUUAAAUAAACUGCUACUGUAUUGCUGCACUAGUGUAUCACUGUAAUCAUCCAUCUUGAUAUAACACUAGUAAUCUACAGACAUGCUAAGUGCUGUUUUGAUCUUGAUAGUGGCAAAAAAAAAAGAUACGAUGUUGAAUGAGUUUUCAACA